GUGCGCUGGUCCCUUGGACACAGCGAAUCACCGAUCAACAGAAAGAGCCAAAGAUGUCGGCUGUGUCAUGUGAUCAGCGGUGUCCAAUCACAGCUGAUCGCAUGGGACAUGUACACUGAUCAUCAGGGCACUGAUGAUCAGUGUGCCCUGAUGAUCAUUGUAGCCCCAUCAGUGUCACCUGCCAGUGUCCAUCAAUGCCACAUAUCAGUGCCCAUCUGAGCUGCCUUUCAGUGCCACCUAUCAGUGCCAUAUAUGUGUGCUGCCUGUCAAUGCCCAUCAGUGCCACCUACCAGUGCCUCCUCAUCAUGCAGCUCAUCACUGCAGCCUCAUUAGUGCACAUCAGUGAAG